AGUGGCGCGGCGGGCGGAGGCGGUGGGCUGAGGCCGCAUGGCGGCCGCCCAGCAGGAUCGGGCUGGAACGGGCGCGGCGGCGCGGGCCUGAACAGAGACGGCGGCCCAUGGGGAAGUACUGCGCCAGCCUGGGCGUCCUCAAGGGGCCCUGGGACCAGGUCUUCGCUGCCUUCUGGCAGCGUUACCCUAACCCCUACAGCAAGCAUGUCCUGACUGAAGACAUCGUGCACCGGGAGGUGACAGCGGACCACAAGCUGCUCUCCCGGCGGCUCCUGACCAAGACCAACCGGUUGCCUCGCUGGGCAGAACGCUUCUUCCCAGCCAAUGUCGCCCAUUCUGUCUACAUCCUGGAGGACUCAAUCGUGGACCCCAAGAACCGAACCAUGACCACCUUCACCUGGAACAUCAACCAUGCACGUCUCAUGGUGGUGGAGGAACGCUGCGUGUACCAGGUCAACCCAGAGAACAGCAACUGGACCGAAGUCAAGCGGGAAGCCUGGGUCUCUUCGAGCCUGUUUGGUGUCUCACGCGCCAUCCAGGAGUUUGGUCUGGCCCGGUUCAAAAGCAACGUGACCAAGAGCACCAAGGGAUUUGAAUACGUGCUAGCAAGAAUGCAAGGAGAAGCUCCGUCCAAAACACUGGUGGAGACAGCCAAGGAAGCAACAGAGAAAGCCAAGGAGACAGCUCUGGCUGCUACGGAGAAAGCCAAGGACUUGGCAAGCAAGGCAGCCACCAAGAAGAAGCAGUACGUGUGAGGGGCCAGGCACAGCCGGGCACCGGCUGCACUGAACAGAUAGGAGCCUGCUUAGAUUUUAUACUUUUAACCAAACUGUACAAGUCUGACAAUCAGCUGCUGUUAGAUCCUUUCCAAGAUGUAAUUAUCAUUAAAGAAUCUACUCUCACCUCUGA